UUUCUGGUAGCCCUGGUUUAUUUUGCAAAUUACAUAAAAGUCUGCGGCCAACGACAAAAUGUUGCGACAAAUUGCUGGACCAACGUUUGCCAAGUUGCUGCGUGCAACAACCAGCCCAGCGAAUGCGUCAGCUACCCAAGCUGCAUUCGGCGGCUCAUUCGGCACCGUCCUGGCACGCCAGCAGCAGACCAUGCCUGUUGUCGACUCUGGCAAUACCCUGCCGAAGAAGGGCUACUCGCCUUUUGGCACCAAGCAGGCCAGUAUGGCCGAGUGGUCGGUGGCGAGAUUAGACGAUCUGCUUAAUUGGGGUCGCAAAGGUUCCAUCUGGCCGCUUACCUUCGGCCUGGCUUGUUGCGCCGUGGAAAUGAUGCACAUUGCAGCCCCACGAUAUGAUAUGGAUCGAUACGGCGUUGUGUUCCGUGCAUCCCCACGUCAAGCUGACGUUAUUAUCGUAGCUGGCACGCUGACAAAUAAAAUGGCACCAGCUCUGCGCAAAGUCUACGACCAAAUGCCCGAACCCCGCUGGGUCAUCUCAAUGGGCAGCUGUGCCAACGGCGGUGGCUACUACCACUACUCGUACUCGGUUGUGCGAGGCUGCGAUCGUAUAAUACCUGUCGAUAUCUAUGUGCCUGGCUGCCCUCCCACUGCGGAGGCGCUUUUGUACGGCGUCCUGCAGCUGCAAAAGAAGGUGAAGCGCAUGAGGACGUUGCAGAUGUGGUACAGAAAGUAAAGAGAUAGUCUCCAGUUAAAUAAGCAAGAAGUGUUAAAUAAAUAUUGUAUGCAAAUAUAGGCAAUAGCAACAACGUU